AUGCUCCAAGCCCAAGAAUAUUUAAAAAAAUUUGACUCCGAUAAAGUAGGUAUCACUGUGUUAAAUUUAAAUGAUAGUAGUUUAACCGGAGAAUUAAAUUUAAAAGGUUUUGCUAACCUAGAAAGAUUAUCAGUAGAAAACAACGAAUUAACUUCGCUAGAUGUGCGAGAUUGCCCGAAAUUAAAACACUUAAAUAUUAAAGGUAAUCCAAAAUUAAGUUGUUGUUAUGUUUAUGAUUUAGGUAGGCAUCUCCGCAAUUUUUCUACUUCUUCUUUAAAUUCUAAUAAUUCUAAUGAUAGCGAACGGGAAAAAGAGCCAGAAAAGACCAAACCUAAUAAUAAAAACCUUGCUGAAAUCUAUUUUUACCCCCUCGUUUCCCAAGAAAAUGAACUGGAACUCAAACUAACACCAACUUUACCAAUUUCCUCGGUUGGCACUAAAUAUUUAAAAACAGUAGCGGAAAAUAAUAUGCUACCGCGUGGCUCAGCCUUUUUAACUAGUUCCGGUGAAUUAGAAAGUCGGGGUAUUGUUAAUAUUAUUCAUGCCGCACCUGGUUCACUGAGCCAAAAGGAUGAAGGCAAACCUAAUCAGAAAGCCGUUAUUACAGCCACCCAAAACAGCAUUAUUUUAGCUGAAAGAAACGGAAUUGAAAGUUUAGCCAUUCCUUUUAUCGGCAGUAAUAUUUUUUUGUCUUCAAUUGGCGGAACCAAAGAACAAUUAGCUGAAAUAAUUAUGAAAUCUGCUAUUAACCAAAGAAAACAAUUAAAAAAAAUAGUAUUUGUUCCUUAUGCGGCGGGAAUAGAAAUAAAAGAGGGCAAUAUUACUAACUUUGCUACUCAUAAUUGUUCGGUAAUUGUUAAUGCGGCCAAUAUGGAAGGGCGUUUUGGGGCGGGACUUUCCGGAAUUAUCGGUCAGGCGACCGGACAAAGCGACCAAAUUAACCAAGAAGCCGCUAAUUAUAUUAAAAAGUUCAAUAAAAUCGUCCUAGAAAAGAAAUCAGACACUAAAAAACUGGCAGAAUGGCUUACCGAAAGCAAUAUUAGCGAAGAAGAAUAUAAUAUUUUAGAACCUAAUUUGAAAGAAGAUGAAGAAUAUAGUUUAGCCGAACUAAAAGAAUUAUUAUUAGUGGAAGAAUGA